AUGAAGAAAAGAGCGUGUUUUGAAGACCCCAAGGACGAAGGCGAAAAUUACUACCAGGAGAUGUUUGCGUCCGGGAAGCUAGGUAAAUCGCUGGACAACCACUUCGAACAGGAAACACGGGCUACACCGGGGGCAAUAAGCACGUCGGUCUCGAAGAGGCAGAGAGUCGAGGCAGAAGCACGCGCAGAGUCACGCAUCCACGCGCCGAAGACACCUCCAUACGGCCCCAAGAACCCCCCUUUGCCCGUGACAGGGCUUGCGCUGCUUUUUGCAUCAACAAGUUCACCGCGCUGGUACCCCGACGGCAACAUCAUCCUUCGCGUCAACGACACCCUCUUCAGGCUCCACCACUCACGGCUCGCGCGAUACUGCCAAUACUUCCCGCAAGAGCUGAUUCGACCCUCGGAGAGCUCAGCCCAUGGCCACCAGGAGAUGGUCGACGGCUGUCCAGUCUUCACAAUCUCCACGCUCGACGUGAAGGACCUCGAGGUCUUCCUCACAUACUUAGAAUCUCCGGUCCAACUCGCCACGAACCCUCCCUCCCAAGCCAUCGCCAGCUCCAUCCUGCGCGCAUCUCACGUCCUCAAGAGCCCGCUCUUCACCUCGGUCGUAAUCCGCGCGCUCGAAUCACUAUGGCCCUCUCAAUACUCCCCAGACACGCCCACGAUCAGACGCCCCUGGACAGACGCCCUCGACGCAAUCACGCUCGCGCACGAGCACCGCCUCCCCCAACUUAUCAAGCCCGCCUUCUCCACCCUCCUCCGGAGCUACACCUUCUGGGACACACUCAAGCACGACCGCGCGCGCAUCCCGCUCCCCGAAGCGGACCUGCUCAGACUCUACCAUGCGCGCCGCGCGAUGGAGCGUGCGUGGCGCCUGCUCGUCCUCGCACCCCCGCCCGCCGAGUGCUGCGCGCCCGAGCGCGCAGCGCUCACCGGGAUGGCGUGCAAGGUGGAGGGGACCGCGCGCGCGGGCGAGUGGUGCGCGUUCUGGAUCGAGCGUGGGUACGUCGAGCAGGGCGCGCACGAUCCGUGGCGGAAUGUCACUGCGAUGAAGGUCGUGUGCGCGGAUCUGCGCGCGACGUGGUGCUGGUGGUGCCUGGAGGAGCGUAUGCAGGCGUGGGAUGCGGCGCUGCUGGAAUGGUGGGACAAGCUCGACGAUUGGCUAGGGAUUAAGCGCAUACUGUAG